UGUAGUUGAUUUUCAUCAGUUUUUGCUUAUUCUUGCAUUUUUGUUUUGUUCUGAGAGAACCUAUUUGACUUUAUAUCUCAACAAGAAUUUUUGCGCUCUCUUGCCGUCAUCGCAUACACUAAGAAAAUAUUAUAGCUAGAGCAAGUUCAUGUAGAAAUUUGAAAAGCUCUCGCGUACAUCAUCAUUAUUAUCACUGCAUGUAUGUGUGUGUGUGUAUUUUCACUAAAAUGCUCUAUUGCUUUUGAUUGCGUUUACUUUGUAUUUGCUUAAUGCUUUUGCAUACUACAUUUGUUUUGUUGUCUAUGCUUGAGUUCACUGUUUUGGCUGUUCGCUGUCUGCGGUCUGCUGUGGCUUCGCUGUGAUUUCCUUUUAUCAAUUACUUGUUAAAAAUUGUGCAAGUCAAAAAUCAUUUCAAAACGUUCGUAGUUUCCCUAACGGUAAGACGCGCUGGCGUUAUGCCUCUACGAGUUUAAUAAUAUUUACAAAUAUACUUACUAAAUAAUAUUUCUACUCGUUCGAUACGAAAAAAAAACGAAUUGAAAAGCGGGGAAUUUCUUUGGUGUUGUGAACUCGCGGCGCAUUUUGAUGCUCCAUUGUUCUAUAUGAUUGUACGUGUGUAUGUAGAAGGGAAAAUAUUAAUUUAUUUAGAUUUUGUGGAAUUGCUGUCUCAUAAAAUGAAUUGAGUUUUAUAGUAAAUUAUUAUUGCAUGUGAAACGUUUCACAAACUGAACAAAUUAACGGUUGAUUGAAGAAAAGGCGACAGUUUCUCUGAUGAGUUCGGUUCAAAGAAGUUAAAUAAGCUGAACUCUGAGAAAAGUGCUCUGCUAUAUUUUUUGUUUGGUGUUGGUUGAGAGAAGAUUAUGCACUUUAUUCAAGUGUGGGAGGACAUUUUUUGAGUAAAGCCAUUGCAAAUAAAUCAAGAAAAAAAAAUUCGAAAAACACCACCCAUUCAACAAAUAAACGCAGACUAUGUACAAAUUGGAACUUCUGCCAAAACAACAACGACCACAAAAAUACAAAUCAAAAUUAAUAAAGCGACCCAAACAACAACAACACCUAAAACAAGAACCACCGCCUGACACCGCAGCAACACUCAGUCAGCCACAAUUGCAAAGUGCAGAACGUGCAAAAAAAGCAAAAACAUUGUCAGCAACAACAACAAAACACGCUUGCAAACUUGAUAAAGUAGUUAAGACAAGCAACAACAAACGACACCACUUGUACGCAGUUUGUCUAAAUAAACGUCGUACAAGCGCUUUCGCCUAUCAGCAACAAUUGCCAGCAAUUCGCAAUUCAUUGCGUUUGAUCAAACACUUCCUGCAGCGCGGACGUGCGCAUCUGCUGAUCGCGAACUGUGAUCUGCGAAAUUUUAUCGAUUACACAUAGCGAACUAGAAAGAAGGGCAUAGCGCCCAGCAGAAUCAGCUGCAGCAAAGAGAAUAGCAGCAGUAGCAAAAACAACGAUACACUAACAAUUGUUGUGUGCGACGCCAACAGCCUCGUUAAUUACGUUCAAGAGGAAGAGAACGAUUAAUUUUUCUCUGUAAAUACAAACAAAACUCAGCAAAGAGCAAAACAAAGCAGAAACGUUUUUACAAACGAAACGAUAUACAAAUCGAAAAAAAGUUGUAACGAAACAUCGCCGCGCAAUGAAUAUCGGCAGUCCGAUUUUUGUGCCGCGUAACAGCGCGCCAAUGGCCUCCACGUCAGCUGCUAUUAAGACAGUUGCCGGCACAUUGGAGCCGAAAUCACCCUAUGCCUCGCCACGCGCCAUUUCGCCAACCACAGUUGGCCAAAAUAUGGACACUAACAACAAUGUGGAAGGCUAUUGGCCUUUAUUCAAUAAUGCAACAGCGUUUUAUUCCUGUGAUGUGAAUAGCAACUAUUUGCAAUAUUGUCAGCAAAAACAACAACAAUAUUUUCAAAAUUUUUUCCAGCGGCAAAGAACUUUACCCAAUUUUCACAUUCAAUGGACACAGCGGAAAGCGAUAAACGCCGCAAUCGGUCAGCGUCAGCAGCGCAAAGUAACAAAAGCAGCUGCAAUGGCAGCAGAAGUGACAUCUUCACCAAGCCAGCAGAGCAGGAAGAAGCAAAAAACACAGCAGCAAGCAACGAAACAACAACUACUGUUUGAGCAACAACAACAACAACAGCAGGUGGAUGCCACGAAAUUUACAACAAAAGAUAAGACAACGGACAUAUCCAACGAUUCGUUUUCGCCACUAUCGAACUCAGCAACAAUGUUGUUGCUGUUGAAAUCAACUGCAGAAAUUGUCAGCAUCGAUGUUGCAAACGAAAAUGUUUUGAGCGAAAACAAUAAAAACAAACACAUAAAUAAUGACAAUGUCGUCAUUCCGAAAGAGGAUGACAAUAUGACAACACUCACGCCGAUAAGCGAUGCGAUUGCGGCAUUGCCAAAUCAAUCAAAUCAAAUUUCAAAAUUAGUUGCUGAACCGGAAGAGCCGACAAAGAAAGGUAAGUUGAGGACUUCAUAAUCAUUAAUGUACCACUAAAUUGGUAAGCUAGAUUUUUGUUGACUUAUUAUUUUUCGUAGUGUGAAGUUGGGAGAUUAAAAUUACGAAGCUUCCAUGGAAUUAGAUUUCAAAGCUUUAAACGUCAAGAUUGGAUUGUAUGGAACAUUUACUAAUAAAUAGAACAGAAUAAUUGGAGGUUUCCACUCUUUCACUUUUCACCACAAUAUCUCGUCCAAACCUGGCUCCCUAAGUAAACCUAAGAUAAAAUUGGAUCGGACUGAACGUAGGUGAAUUUCUUCUUUCAGUACUAAAACGCGAUGUCAUUCCUUCUUCUCGCUAUGUCCUCACAUAUGUAUAAUGUGGCCCUACUAGACCUCUGCAGUAAAUCUACUUAAAAAAUUUGUGAAGAUGUAUUUUAGUAAAAGACAUUUUAGUAUAUUUUUUCCACCUCAUGCUAAAAAAUUUAACUACUCGUUUACACAAUUUAGUUUGCUCAACUGCACUGAGAACGAUAAGCAGUUAAAAGGUAGCUAAGAAAAAGUUAGUUAUUGCACUGAAUCUUUAUAAAAUAAAAUGCAGUAGGAUGCAGUCUGUAGGCAUCGCAAUAUGAUUGAAUUCACGCCAAGUUUUCCAAGCUGAGACAUAAAAAUUGUUUGCUGCAUCUUUCUGUGGAUGUAAACUCGUAAAUUAAAGCCCACCAGACGUCUAGAAAUGAUUUGGUAUUUGAAUAUAAAAUAUCCCCUACGCAAUUAAAGUCAAUGAAAUAGACGAAAAAUACUGAAAAAGUCUGCGCAACUCUAUAACUCAUUUCAACUCAUUUACCCAAAGCAACACACCUUCCUAUGUCAAUCCCUCCUGAGUCAAUAGCCACUUAGACGCCAUCAAUCCGCGAUAAGCAUCAAAAUCAAAUAUGUAACAAUUUUGUACUUCCAUUCAAAUUAUAGGUAUGUAUGUAUGUAUAAAGUUCAUUCACACAGUAGAUAAGCAAAACUCCCAUAUCCAGCAAACUCACCAAAUUUGCUUAGAUAUUUGAGUCAUCUGUAUGCAUUUUGGCAGUUAACCUUGACUUGGCCAGUAUUUUAUUAACCUUCCAUAUAUUUGUUCUCUUCUCCAAUAAACAUUAAAAACAAAUACACGUGUAUAUACAUAUAUACAUUUUUUUAUUGUAAGGAGAAAGUGCAGUAUGCGAAGGAAGUGCAAGGCUAGAUACCGUUAACAUUAUAUGUCGGUGGAAGUGAGAGCGAGAGCGAGAGCGCUUUUGUGUAGCUCGCGCGUCUCGGAGACAUUCGUCCGAAGCUUUUUGUGUUUUAAGGCGUAGAAGUGUGCUUGAUUGCAAAUUGAAAAUAAAAAAAUGUACAAAUAUAAAUAAAUAUUUAUAAUUCGUAUUUAAAUAUUUAAUUUGUUAAUCAUAAAUAUCAGUUAAACAAUAACAAUACUAAUUGAGUCAGCUAAUUUCGAAAUAAAGCAGUCAACAGCGGGAGUGUAUGAAUG